AUGAGUCGUUCAGCCCCCACUGAACAUGGUCCUUCUGUUAAUACGUGUCAGCAUGACAUGGGCCAAACAGGCCUUCAGCCUUGCUCCUUAAUGAGCCCUACUCAUAUUUUAUCCUCUCAGGCGAUGGCUUUCAACACCAAUGACCUCAGUCAUCAAUCCUCUCGAUGCGAUCAUCAUAAUCAUCAUAAUAAUUACUAUUCACAUACUCCUAAUCUGUUGCAGUCUGGCCACCAUCAGCAGCAUCAUCCUCACCAUCACAACAUUCACCACGCUCACUACCAUAGCCAUCAACACCAAGCCCAUCGUUGUCGUGCAAGCAGAUCUUCUCGAUCAGCAUCUGGUGCUGGGUGUCGCCGUCGUCAAAGUGCCGAAGGAUUGUCUUGUGCCGAUGGUAAGGAUGAUUUUUCAACCACUCCAAAUCAUGGUGAGACCAGAACCGAGCUUUUGGCUGCUAAGAUGGUAGACGGGAGCAUGUAUGCUGCACAAGCUUCUGGUACCGUGUCGCCUGGCAGGCCUUCAUUAGAAGCAAAUGGCAUGCAAAAUUUUUCGUUGAUAGAGUAA